CCCCAAAGCCUUAUUAUUACUACUAUUAUUGUUAUUGCUUGGUUGCUUGCUUAUGGGAUUCCUUUCCAAUUUCCACUCCAAAGAGCAAGAGCCACCAUGAGAUGACCCUUGUGAAAUUCUACACAAAACUCCAUGAAAGCCACCAUUUUUGAAAAUCCAAACCCCACAACUCUAAGUUUCGCUAUUUAAAGCUCUCUUUUUUUCUUCUUUGAACACCAUCUUUUUCAUCAUCAUCAUCAUCACCACCGUUUGUUUCUAGUAUGGCACACAAGGAACUGGAUCUCGAUGAGUGGGAGCUGAUCCCAGAUAAUGGCUUUCUGGGUUUCCGAGAAGACUGUGAGAAGAAAACCCUCUACAGAAAGUGGAGUGGUACUUCAGACCCGAAAGGGGUUCUCAACGAUUAUUUCGAUUGCCCAUUAACAAAGAACAGUCCGGGAAGAUUACCUCAAAGGGUGCCGAGUCAACUCGUUCCUGUAUCGAUUCCGAUUCCGAUUCAGCUGAAUUCAACAACAUCGACACGUGGCAAAACCCCAGAUGACGAUGAUGAUGAAACCACUAAGGCGGUGGUAGAUGCAGGAGCUGGUUUUGAGGCUGAUCAAGACUCAGUCUCCAAAGUUUUCUUCAAGAAAAUGAAGAAAGAAAAUGAAUUUGUCGACAUGAAAAUGGUGGAAUCACCGAAGUCCCCAACCAGAGGAGGAGCUUUUAUGCCUCAGAUUGAUACUGCUGUGUUCAACUUUGAUGACAAAGUUGAAUCUGAAAAUAUGAGUGGUGUGAUCAGUUCUCCAAGAAUGAUGAACAUGAAAAAGAUGAGUGGUAACUUGGACAUGAAGGAAGAUCAUACUAAUAGUACUGAUGAAAAUGGUGAUAGUGAUGAAGAAGAUGAUGAUAGGCUUGACAUAUGGAAAUGGAGUCUAUCUGGGAUUGGAGCUAUUUGCUCUUUUGGUAUUGCUGCUGCUACAAUUUGCAUUCUCUUCAUUGGAAGCCACCACAGAAACCAACAGCACAACCACAAGAUCAGGUUUCAGAUCUACAAUGAUGACAAGAGGAUAAAUCAAGUAGUACACCAGACAACCAAAUUGAAUGAUGCAAUGAAUGCAGUUAGAGGUAUGCCUCUUACUAGAGCACAUGUUACCUAUGGAGGUUACUAUGAAGGUCUUUAGAAGCAGAAACUUCUUCAAGAAAAAUGCUGCAAGUUUCUCGGUCAUGGAUGAAUUUGAUAUGCCUAUUCUAUUACCAUACAUAUAUAUAUAUAUAUAUAUAUAUAAAUUAAUAUGUCUAAAGGUCUCUCUGUUUGUGUUGUACAUAGUUUUGUUUGUUGUGUUUUGUAUAUAAUCUCAGUCCUGCUUGUAAGAUGAUAGGUUCCUUAGCUCUGCUUCUUCAAGAACAACUACCAAUGAUUAUAACUUGGCAUAUUAGUUUGAUCCUUUUGGAGCUCUAAAACUGUUUGUGAAUUUGGUACUUGUGGGAUGUUGGAGUGGCACUGUUUACCUGUUUAACAAGAGUUGUAGAUCUUUCAAAAAAAAAAAGGAAGAGUUAUAGAAAGAGUGGUUACAUUUUGUGGUA